CACCAGCCUUGGCAGCCGGCGGUUGCGGUCCCAGAUCCGUACAGCGCUCCCGAGCCGGCUCGCGGGAGCGAGCGAGGGAAAGGACUGCAGCCAGCGCCCGAGGGCAGGACGAAUCCGCUGCGCCUAGAGUGCAGGUGGCCCGAGCUGCGAGCUGCUCCAGCCCCAGAGGGUGGCAAAGCAGCCCGCAGGCAGGGAGCAGCGGGGGUGCGGGCAGGCCUGCGGCUUGGGGGAGACUCUGUAAGAGGCAUGGCGGGGCUACGAGCCAGGCGGGGCCCCGGGCGCUGGUUGUUGGCGCUGUCCACGCUGGGUUUCUGCCUAAUGCUGCAAGUCAGUGCCAAAAGGCCCCCUAAGACGCCCCCCUGCCCACCCAGCUGCUCCUGCACCAGAGACACCGCCUUCUGCGUGGAUUCUAAGGCAGUGCCCAGGAACCUGCCCUCAGAGGUCAUCUCCCUGACCCUGGUGAAUGCUGCCUUCUCAGAGAUCCAGGAUGGAGCCUUCGCCCACCUGCCACUGCUGCAGUUCUUGUUACUCAACUCCAACAAGUUCACGCUGAUUGGAGACAACGCCUUCAUAGGACUGUCACACCUGCAGUACCUCUUCAUUGAGAACAACGACAUCUGGGCACUGUCCAAGUUUACCUUCAGAGGACUCAAGUCCUUGACACACCUCUCACUGGCCAACAAUAACCUGCAGACACUACCCAGAGACAUCUUUCGUCCACUGGACAUCCUGAGUGACUUGGACCUGCGGGGCAAUGCACUCAACUGCGACUGUAAGGUGAAGUGGCUGGUGGAGUGGCUCGCACACACCAACACCACCGUGGCCCCCAUCUACUGUGCCAGCCCACCCCGCUUCCAGGAGCACAAAGUGCAGGAUCUGCCACUGCGGGAAUUCGACUGUAUCACCACAGAUUUUGUGCUCUACCAGACCCUGUCCUUCUCAGCGGUGUCCGCGGAACCUUUCCUUUACUCCAGCGAUCUCUAUUUGGCUCUGGCCCAGCCAGGUGCCAGCGCCUGCACUAUCCUGAAGUGGGACUAUGUGGAACGACAACUUCGAGACUAUGAUAAAAUCCCAGCCCCCUCGGCUGUACACUGCAAGCCGAUGGUGGUAGACAGCCAGCUGUAUGUGGUCGUGGCCCAGCUGUUCGGUGGCUCGUACAUUUACCACUGGGACCCCAACACCACGCGCUUCACCAAGCUGCAGGACAUCGACCCACAGCGUGUACGCAAGCCCAACGAUCUGGAAGCCUUCCGAAUUGAUGGCGACUGGUACUUUGCUGUGGCUGACAGCUCCAAGGCAGGUGCCACUAGCCUCUACCGUUGGCACCAGAAUGGUUUCUAUUCCCACCAGGCCCUGCAUGCCUGGCACCGAGACACUGACCUUGAGUUUGUGGAUGGUGAGGGCAAGCCACGGCUGAUUGUGUCUAGCAGCUCUCAGGCACCUGUCAUCUAUCAAUGGAGUCGUACCCAGAAGCAGUUUGUGGCCCAGGGAGAGGUGACUCAGGUGCCUGAUGCCCAGGCUGUGAAACACUUUCGUGCAGGCCGUGACAGCUACCUGUGCCUUAGCCGCUACAUUGGUGACUCCAAGAUCCUGCGCUGGGAGGGUACCCGGUUCUCCGAAGUGCAGGCUCUGCCCUCCCGGGGCUCACUGGCCUUGCAGCCCUUCUUGGUGGGUGGCAACCGCUACCUGGCACUGGGCAGUGAUUUCUCCUUCACCCAGAUCUACCAGUGGGAUGAAGGGCGACAGAAGUUUGUGCGGUUCCAGGAGCUGGCUGUGCAGGCCCCUCGGGCCUUCUGUUACAUGCCUGCUGGGGAUGCCCAGCUGCUCCUGGCCCCUAGUUUCAAGGGACAAACGCUGGUGUACCGACAUGUAGUGGUGGAUCUCAGUGCCUAGAGGGGCAUCAAGGCCUCUGAGGUCCUUAGGGUUUCGUUGUAGGCUGGAUGGGGGCCUCUGGCCCCAAUUGAAGUCACAUGUGGCUAACCUGUAUAUGUGUACACACACACACACACACACACACACACACACACACAGAGUGGUGAGCCGGGACACACUCCAGGGACUAGUCCAGGAGAGUCUUUCCCAUCACUGUAAUCAGCACCUGUAUAUGCACCAGGCACCCUGUGGCUCCCCCAUUCAGAGCACCCCUAAGCGCUGCUCCCUCACUAGUGCAUAUGUGUGGUAGGGUACAGGAAGAGGGUAAGCCAUGCCCUUCUCCUCUCUGCUUAGCCUUCCACCCUCUGGCCUUUCCCGUGGGUGCUCCAGGUUGUGUACCUGCUCAGCCUCCACAGUUGCAGCCUCAACCUACCUUCCAGGUAUGCCCACCCAUGCCACUCUCCUUCUGCAUGCACAUGCAGACACUGAUGGACAUGCUCAGUUACACACUUGCGCUCACCCUGGCCACACUGCUAUUUCUACAUAUGCAGGUCCACACGUGCAGACCAGCAUGGUGGGAACAGGCUCCCUUCUUACCACCUUGCUACUCUUCUUGGAGGGUGUCCACAGUACCCAUGCCUCUUCUGCUCACCACAGCGUGCCCCCACCACGUGGCUGAUAAGGACAAGAGCAGUGGUGAACCUGUGAGCAUGGGCGUGGCCUCCUGGGACAAAGCCCCCUUCACCCUGAAGCAAUAACAGCAGCACUGGUUUCUUUGCAGUAUAAUGUGCCUCUCAUCUAACUGGAGUUGCCCCGAAUCCUGCUCACCAGGGGACAGGUGAGCACCCAGAUGAAAGCCUUUCUCUGGGUAGCUGUUGCUUUUUCAAGCUUGGGCCAUCCCCUGGUUUCACCCUGUCUUUGAGAUAUAGAUGUUGAACUGAUUGCUCCUAGAGUAGAAUGUAAGAACUGACUAAGGCAAGAAGCCCAUGAGCCCCUAAGCCACCUGCACAGUGGCAGGACUAGAGCUUGGCAUAGAGCUUCUUGGGGGCACUGGCACCCCUCCACUCCAUGGAGGCCCUCUCCCCAGGAUCCCUGCCUUUCAGUGGAGUGUGGACCGUGGGGGGACAGCUGGGAACCUGGCCUCUGCUGCCCUCUGCUGUCCACUGGGAACAACAGCUCUGAGGAGGAGGCUUGUGGAGGCAGACAGUGGCCAGGGUAAGGACUUCUUGUGGCAGGAUGCCCAGGGGCAUUUGGGGGCAAUGCUAUGAUUCACCUGCUUCAAAUAAAAGUUCCACCCCACCACCAAC